AUGGAAAAGUUUAGACAAUUUGCAGAUGAAUCAACAGGUAUAAAUCCAUAUAUACCGGUUUGGGGUCAGACCAAGACAUCAUUAAUAAGAAAGAUACUUGGAAUACCGAUUUUUAUAGCAAGAACUGCCAUUUUGUCUAUUUGCUUAAUUAUGUUUGUUAUUUUUUCAAUGAUAAUUGAAUUGAUGUAUUUAGAUCAUCUCAAAAUAAUCUUUUAUUCAAUUUUCCUGAAUGGCCUUUCCAGAGUAAUACUUUUAUGUCUUGGAUGUAUUUGGAUAUCUGAGGAUCUGGAUAAGAAAGUAUCAUCAACAUCAACGACUGAAAAGAAAUCUAAGGUUACAAGAAAGGUAGUUUAUGUGAAUAGGCAAGGAUUUUGUGAUAUAUUUGUUUGUUCCUCAGUCUUAGGCGAUCCAGAAUAUCUAUUUAUGGAAGAUUCUGGGAUAUAUUUGGCAUCCAAUUCUUUGAGUGCUUUGCUCUUUUCUAUAGGAUUAAGAAAUAUGAAAGGAAUUACUUGUUUUUCUUCAGCAAGUAAAUUGAAAUCUCAAUAUAGUUUACGUCCUUUAGUUCUUUUUAUGGAAGAGGCAAACACUAAUGGUACAUGUAUUUUAGAAUGGUGUAAAACUGAGAGGAUUCCAGAUACAUCUGAGAUGAGGGAUUUGUUUGGAGAGAAUUCUGAAUCUAUGGUUAUUAAAUAUAAGACUAAAUCUUUAUAUGGCCCCCAAUUUACUACUGGAGACUCGAUUAGCCAUUUAAUUAACAUGCUCUCAAAGAUUACCUACUUUGAGAUUGAUCUUAAAAUAGUUUCUAGUGAAGUAAUGAGAAACAGAAUUACAAAAAAAACGGAUGGAUCUGGAGAUAAAGAUAAGAGUUACACAAACUUAAAAGAUUUACAGAGAAAAAGACGUAUUGAUGACUUACUUUAUAGUAUACAAAAUGUUCAGGGGAAAUCUUCUAAUCUUCCAAUAGUAACUAGUGGGGCAGAAGAAGCUCGAGGAUUUAUUGAUUACUGGGAAAAGACUAAUAAAGGUAAAUCUAUCUAA